AUGGCAUAUCAAACACUUCUUCAAGAAUAUAUGCUUGUUCCGCCAGUAACAAGAGUAUACACAACUGCUUGUGUGAUAACCACCUUAGCAGUCCAAUUAGACCUUGUAUCACCAUUCCAGCUAUAUUUUAAUCCUAUUGUUAUUCUAAGAAGGUAUCAGCUAUGGAGGCUAAUUACUACAUUCCUUUUCUUUGGCAAUUUAGGAUUCAAUUUUUUCUUCAACAUGAUUUUCACAUACAGAUAUUGUAGAAUGUUGGAAGAGGGGUCAUUCAGGGGAAGGACUGCUGAUUUCGUUGUUAUGUUUAUAUUUGGAGGGGUUCUAAUGAUUUUAUGUGCUUUCUUUGUGAAUUUAUUAUUUUUAGGACAAGCAUUCACUAUAAUGAUUGUAUAUGUAUGGUCAAGACGUAAUAUUUAUGUUAGAAUGAACUUCUUUGGUCUGAUGAAUUUUCAGGCACCAUACUUGCCUUGGGUCCUCCUAGGCUUCUCUGUAUUACUUGGGAAUGCUAUAUCAGUGGAUUUAGUUGGCAUGGCUAUUGGACAUAUCUAUUUCUUUAUAGAAGAUGUACUCCCCAGGCAAAGGGGUGGACAAAAAAUAUUGAAGACACCAAAGUUUUUGAAAAAAUUAUUUGAUCCCCCAGCAGAUGAUCCAGACUAUGUGCCAUUGCCAGAGUUAGCUAAUGUCAGACCAGGAGGCUUUAAUUGGCAAAACCCCAACCCAGACGUACCUAAUAAUGAUAAUAAUGAAGUGAACAGA